GUCCUCUGACAAGAGAGGGAGCGCUGAACGUCCAUCUCAUUCCUCACUCACACAUGGACGCUGGUUGGGUGAAGACCUUUGACGAAUAUUACUAUGGAACUCGAACUACCGUGAGCUCAGCAAAUGUCCAGCUUAUCUUCCAUUCUGUUCUCUCUGAGCUGCUCCACGACAAGAGAAGGAAGUUCACCUUCUCCGAGUCAGCUUACUUCUGGCGCUGGUGGAAAGAACAGAGGCCACUCACCAGGGCGACCUUCAGGAGUUUGGUUCAGGAGGGGAGGGUGGAGUUCGCGGGAGGGGGCUGGGUGCAGAACGACGAGGCAGCGGUGGACUAUCUGCAACUGAUUGACCAGUAUACUUGGGGACUCAGAAAACUAAACGACACCCUCGGCAUUUGCGGCAAGCCGAAAGCAGCGUGGCAGAUUGACACCUACGGCCAUACUCGCGAGCAGGCCUCGCUGUUAGCGCAGAUGGGCUUCGACGGACUCUUUAUAGGAAGAGUAGACCAUAAAGAAAGGGAAGCCAUGAUAGAAGAGGACAGAAUGGAGUUCAUGUGGAGAGGCAGCGACGUUUUGGGAAAGAUGUCGGACAUCAUGACGCACACUCUCUUCAACCUUUACAACGCACCUGAUGGCUUCUGUUUCGAUUUCCUCUGCAACGAUGAGCCGAUCAUCGACGACCCUGAUAACAAGGUUUACAAUGCUGAGAGGAGGGUAAACGACUUCAUAGCCCAAAUAGAGCGGCAAGCCAAGUACUACGACCACGACAACAUCAUGGUGACGAUGGGCGGAGACUUCACGUACCAGAGCGCGGCCAACUGGUUCAUGAAUAUGGACAAGCUUAUCAACCACGUCAACACCCACCCCGCGAACUUGUCAGACAUCAACAUCUUCUACUCGUCGCCAUCUUGCUAUUUGAAGGCCAUCUACUUGUACGGGAGAAGGGAUAAAGCUAUGUACACAGAAAAAGGGGAUCACGUGCCAUAUGAUAGCGACGCUUCUACAUAUUGGACAGGGUACUACAGUUCUAGACCUACCCUCAAAUAUUUGGCUAGAAGGGCGCAUCUUUUUCUUCAGGUGGUAAAACAGAUCACAGUGAUAGCCCGCACUGGUGACUCCUACGAGCUUCAUCUCCUCAGACAUGCUGUGGCUUUGACGCUCCAUCAUGACGCCAUCACUGGAACAAGUCAGCAACAUGUAGCGAAUGAUUUCACAAGACUCCUGAGCGAGGCGAUGGAUACCUGCAGCAAGAAGGUUUCAAAUCUUUUGAGCUACCUGACGCCAACUUGGGGCAGCAGCAGAAGGUCGAAGAACAAUCAGCAGUUCGUGACGUGCCACCAGAUGAACGUCAGUCAAUGUAGAUUUCUGGAAACUCAAGACGCGAUUCUCUUGCUGGUGUACAACCCGCUCAGCGUGAAGACCUACCACUACGUGAGACUUCCAGCAAUCGCUCUGCACUACUCCAUCAGGGAUUAUAAUGACGAAGAAGUGGAGUACCAACUAGUGCCUCUCCCGAAGGCGGUCAUCAACGUCCCAGGGAGGACCUCCUCAGCCAUCCAGGACCUGGUCUUCGAGGCAGAGAAUAUCCCUCCUUUAGGAUUCACGGCAUACUAUAUCACCCCUGUGAGAGACCAGUUGGAAGAAAACUCUUACGCUAAGAAACAUUCAGUAUCAAAUUCUGAGGCAGAUAUGGAAGUUAUUCCAUACAUUACUAACGAGUACCUCAGGGUAUCAGUCAACAAGGACACCGGCUUCCUGGAGUCCAUCCAGCACGUGGAUGGGGUUAAGGUCCAGGUGUCCCAGAACUGGUACUAUUAUAAGCAGGCCCAGCAGACGCUGCAAUCCGGGGCAUAUAGUUUCAGGCCUGAUAGCGAUCGACCCACACCUGUAACCGAAAAAGUGACUUACCACGCGGUCCGAGGCUCUCUAGUCAAGGAGAUCAGGCAGCGCUUCAGCGACUGGAUCACCCAGGUCAUCAGACUGUACCGGGGUGAGGAGUUCUUGGAAGUGGAAUGGGUGGUGGGACCAGUGCCUCUUGGCACAGACCUGGGCAAAGAAGUGGUCAGCGUGUUCUCCACCAACAUCACAAACAGCGGGGAGUUCUCCACCGACUCCAAUGGCCGACAGAUGAUGAGAAGGUCUUGCUGGAAUGAUAGCACUAGCCACCAACAAAAGAAGCCGGUAGCCUCAUGCUACUAUCCAGUGACAUCUCGAAUCUGCAUCCACUCGCUGAACACUAGUGUUGAGUUGUGUGUGUUGACCGACCGAGCGCAAGGAGGCACGUCUUAUAAUGAAGGAGAGAUCGAGCUGAUGGUCCACAGAAGGCUUCUGACAGACGAUGGGUUUGGGCUUGAAGAGUCUCUGAAUGAAGAAGCACAUGGAGCUGGACUGGUCGUGAAGGGGAAACACAGAAUACUCUUUGGAAACUUUAGACAAGAAGUCGACGACUUGACGUUCUCUGAGAGAGUCGCUCACGCUGCUAGAAGAUGGCAGAUGGAGCCGUGGCUCUUCUUCGCUUCUGGGGAGAAAAUAAACAGAAGGAAGUGGCAGAACGUUAGGAACAAGAGGUUCUCAUCACUCCGACUUCACGGGCUGCCUCGGCAUAUCAACAUUCUGACCCUUGAGCCUUGGAAGGCUGGGUCGGUUUUGCUGAGGCUGGAGAAUACUUUGGAGAAACCACUCAGGGGUAACAUGAAAGAAAAGGUGGAAAACCCCGAAGACUACGCCACCAAGUCCUCCUUCAUCACGGUGGAGCUCCGCAAGAUAUUCCUGCAGAUGCAGAUCAAGAUGAUCCGGGAGACCACCCUCGCUGCCAACCAGUGGCUCGACGAUGCUAGGCAGAUGGACUGGAGUACCAGAUACGUUUACACAGGAGGUGACGAUGGUAUACUACCAGAGGAUAACGAUAUGGAUAAGGAAGAAGGAACAAAGCAAAAUGACGGGGCAGAACCUGUAAAUGAAGAACACUACUCAGACGAAGACCAAAACUACCGCAAGAAGCCACCGCGUCAAAAAUACUACUCUGACAAAGUCCGAUCCAAAAUCAGGACUCAAAAACCUAGCUACGAUUAUGAGAGACGAAAACGCUCUAUCAACAUCACCGAAAACAUCAACGAGAACAUAAUCAACAACACUUUCGAUGACGUCAGAACUGAACUGACCAAUGACGUCAAAUUUAACGAAAGCAUCACCACAGUUAAAGAUACCGAAGUGCCGAUAUUCGUCUACAAUCUGACGACGACAGAAAUGUACAAAAAGGUGACGAAAAAGCCGCAAAGGUUGAGUUUUUGGAGCAAAACGGCGAGGCCGAAUCGGUUUUCGUCUAUAAUGGGGAGGGAUUCGGCGGAGAUCGUCUCGGAGGAAGAAGAUUUCUCGUCUAAUAUGAAGAAGAGGUUGCCUAGACGAAGGAAAUUGAGUAAUGUGAAGAGGACUAGGCCUCCAGUUCCAGAAACCCCAACAGACGAUUGCGACGACGGAAUAACAAAAUCUAUGUACGAAAUGUACUACAAAACCCCAAGAUUUUACCCCAAAUCACGCAACGUAGAAGACGAGCCCAGAUUUAGAAGGAAAAAGAAGAAAACUAGAAGAUACAGGCAGAAUUACGACUAUGAGGAAUCGACAGCUUCUCUAGAACUUACGACUAAAAGAACAAAGGGUAGACCGAGAAGAAGGGAGAAGUUUACCAGUGUGGAUAUGCCGUUCUUCUUAACUGAUAGGAAGAAGGUAGCAGAUGAUAGUGGAGAAGAAGUGAGAAGAGAAUUGGUUGAAGAGAUCAAUCAACCUAAGGAUGGUCAAAUCCCUCAUUCAACAAAUAUAAGGGAGAAGCGACGGAGGCCUCUCUCGCAGGAAUACGACGACUCAGAAUCUGAGGAAGAUGAGAAAGAGGUAGAAAACGACUACAAAGACUACGGGAAAAGGACAGAAAGUCGGAGAAAGAGGGACAUAAAGGAGGAUGAUGGAGCAGACCCCACCAACUCCAAGGAACAGGAGGUGGACAUGGAUUACGUGAUAACACUGCGCCCCACGCAGAUCCGAACCUUCGUGGUGUGGUUCCAUGAGAGCAGGAAAGCUUAUACCUGAGUUUAGAGCCAAAUUGGGUAUCUUUAAUAAGCAUGAUGACCAAGAGUUACAGUGCAUAAGGAUUUCAAUACGGAAGAUGCGGGUUACUAAACUAAGGCCCGGUUUCCAUCAAAGCGGAGCGGUGCUGAGCGGAGCAGAGUUUUUUGAAUAAUCAGAGGUGGAAUUGUGUAAAGCAAUCGUAAUCAUUUGACAGUUCAUAACGUACGAUAAAGUCAGUUAAACAAAGCGUUUGACAAAAUAAUCGUACGUUAUGAACUGUCAAAUGAUAACGAUUGCUUUACACAAUUCCACCUCAGAUUACAUUAUUUGCACAUCUCCACUCCUCUCGCUUCGGUGGAAAUGGAAUUAAAUGGAUCGAGCGGAGAAGUGUCGGGCGUACCUACUUGUUUUUCAGAAUUAGACACCUCCUUUCGUCUCCACUCUUCUCCGCUUCACUUACUUUAAUUUCGAACUCCUCCUAUGUUCUUCUGAUUAAUUUCGUUGCGGGUCCAAUGACAGUUUAAUUUUCCCCCGGGACAAACUUGACCUUAAUUGGUUGGGUUUUUAUGGCGGUCAAGCUUUAGAUCCUGGCUACACAGGAGUUGCAGUGGUGGGAACGAGAGGUGGGAAUAGUCCCGUUCUCCGCUUCACUUUGAUGGAAACAGCCUGCCAGCUUCGCUGCACAUUUCCUCUCGUCUCCGCACCGCUCCGCCAGCUCCGCCUUGAUGGAAACUAAGCCUAAAGGCUCCAAUGUUUUUUUGACUGUGACUCCUUUGUAGGAUUUGCCACAAUGAAUGCGGUCUGCGGUCAGUAAAUGCAGCCCGCAGACCGCAUUCAGUGUGGCAAAAUCCUUGGUAAAUCUAAGAACGCCUAUUUAUUUUUCUAUCACCAAACACAUUGAAUUUAUUUUUGAGUGAACGAAACAAAUAGUUUUUUAUUGUUUUAAAGAGUAUAUUUAUUAAUUAAUUUAAGCACACACCUAAUUUAUACCAAUGCAAAUAAAAAUGAUAAUUAUUUA